GCAAGCUCUUCGGCUGAGCUCAUUGGGUAUUUCAAAAUCACAAUGCACGAGCAGCUCCAUGCAAACUGUGGGAGGGGAAGAGAAGAGCCAUCUUACUCAUUAAAAGUUAUCAGUGCAGCUCUCUGGUCCUGUCGCUCUGCACUCAGAAACAUGCCUUGACCCAAUGUGCACUUCCACGUUACAGGAAUGGUUGGAAUUUUGCGAACUGCAGACCUUCUGGAUCGUUUGGACUAAUUUUCCCAAUGAGAUGCGCGUGAGCCAUGGAAUUACCAGUGAUAUGGAUGUGCUUCGGAUUACUACUUCAUCUCUCACCUUUUGGAUGCUUGGAUCUGCAUCUAUCGGAAACACUCAAACCUGGUGCAAAUCUGGCAAAUGUAUCAAUCGGACCAGAAUGGACGUACAGAAUCGACAGAAGUCUCACAGAUAAGUCUUUUCGACACUUUCUGAAGAUCGGGAGAAGUGAUGGGCUUCUUUUACUCGCGCGGAAAUUUGACUGCGCUCGUUUGCCGAGAAAUCCAGUGCCAAUGUAUUUGCGGAUUAAACCACAGCUUUCUGAAAACUUCAUACUGCUUCAUUUCAACACAUUUGUGCAUGGUCAGAACUGCUACAUCAAAUACAAAAGAAAAAACCUGACUCCAGAUGCUUAUAUGUAUGUCGUGACUGGAUAUGAUUCGUGUUUGUCUUUAGACUCCUUACCUAUAAACAUUUACGAAAGUUUACCUGUUUCUAUGCGGAAUUCUCAGAUGUUUCGUGGUAGGUGUGUUGAGAAAACCCAACGGCGUGUUUCUCCCCUCACAAACCGAUGUUUACCUCACAAUCAGCGAGAUGAGGCGAAUUUGAUUUGUUUAAUGCCUAACUCUGUGAAUAGCUCUUUAUAUGUCGACGUUAAGUUACAUUUAAAUAGAAAAUACACUGGAAGUGAUUUUGACCCGUGGGCUAAACGUCAAAAAAGAAACGUGAACUCCGCUCCUCAGUUUCAACUGCCAAACUACCAGGUAUCAGUGCCCGAGAACGAGCCCUCGGGGACGCGUGUCAUUACACUCAAAGCCUUCGAUGCCGAUGACGGAGAUGCUGGUGUUGUUGUAUACGACAUGGAAGCUCUAUUUGACAGCAGGUCUAACAAUUUAUUUCAAAUAAACCCUGAAACGGGUGGUAUAACGACUUUACAACCUCUAGACAGGGAAGUUAAAGAUACCCAUGUGUUUAAAGUUACUGCUACUGAUAAGGGGAUCCCUAAAAGAUCAGCUAUUGCCUACCUCACUAUCACAGUCAGCGACACUAAUGACCAUUCUCCAGUUUUUGAGCAGAAUGAAUACAGGGUUAAUGUUCGAGAAAAUGUAGAGGUAGGUUUUGAAGUUAUGACUAUUAGAGCUACUGAUGGAGACGCCCCUUCAAAUGCCAAUAUGAUUUAUAAGAUUGUGAAUGAUGAUGAGGUAAACUCAUGCUUUGAAAUUGAUCCAAGGAAUGGGUUGGUCAGAACCAAAGUCAGACCUGACAGAGAAGUCAAAUCUCAGUACAAGCUUUUUGUUGAAGCCAAUGAUCAGGGCAGAGAGCCUGGUCCACGUACCGCCACAGCUACAGUGCAUAUUUUUAUAGAGGAUGAGAACGACAAUUACCCUCAGUUUAGUGAGAAACGAUAUGUAGUUCAAGUUUCAGAAAACAUUGCUGUCAACACACAAGUAGCUGUGGUGAAGGCUACUGAUAAAGAUGCGGGGAACAAUGCUAAAGUGCAUUACAGCAUCAUAAAUGGGAACAUAAAGGGUCAGUUUUACAUACACUCCCCUACUGGGGUCAUUGAUGUUGUCAGCCCUUUAGAUUAUGAAAUGAUUAGAGAAUACACACUACGAGUGAAGGCACAAGAUGGAGGUAGACCGCCUCUUAUCAAUGGCACGGGCAUGGUUGUAAUUCAGGUGGUGGAUGUUAAUGAUAAUGCCCCCAUGUUUGUUAGCACACCCUUUCAAGCCUCAGUGUUAGAAAAUGUUCCUAUUGGUUACUCUGUGAUACACAUUCAAGCCAUCGAUGCUGAUUCAGGUGACAAUGCUCACUUGGAAUACAAGCUGACUGACACAUCGCCUGGUUUUCCGUUUGUUAUCAAUAACAGCACAGGAUGGGUUACAGUUAGCGCUGAACUGGAUAGGGAGACAACAGAGUUUUACAGUUUUGGAGUGGAGGCCAGAGACCAUGGGGUUCCCACAAUGUCAUCUUCAGCUAGUGUAAGUGUCACUAUACUUGAUGUUAAUGACAAUGUCCCCACCUUCACACAACAUUUGUAUAACCUAAAGGUCAACGAGGAUGCAGUUGUGGGCACCAGUGUGCUUACUGUUUCAGCUGUAGACAGGGAUGUAAACAGUGUGGUAACAUACCAAAUAUCUAGUGGGAACACACGGAACAGGUUUGCCAUCAGCAGCCAGAGCGGAGGGGGACUUAUCACUUUAGCAUUACCUCUGGAUUACAAGCAAGAACGGCAGUAUCUACUAACAAUUACUGCCUCAGAUGGUACACGCCAUGACACAACUCAAGUUUUUAUUAAUGUGACUGAUGCCAACACCCACAGACCAGUAUUUCAAAGUGCCAACUACCAGGUAUUAGUAAGCGAAGACCGGCCUGUAGGCUCCACUGUCGUUGUCAUCAGUGCCACAGAUGAGGACACUGGUGAAAAUGCCCGCAUCACUUAUGUAAUGGAGGACAAUGUGCCACAGUUCAGGAUUGAUCCUGAUACUGGUGCCAUCACAACUCAGAUUGAAAUUGACUACGAAGAUCAAGCUUCCUACACACUGGCUAUCAUUGCUCGUGACAACGGCAUCCCUCAGAAAUCAGACACCACCUACGUAGAGAUCAUCGUUCUUGAUGCCAAUGACAAUGUACCCCAGUUUCUCCGGGACAUCUACCAGGGAACAGUCUUUGAGGAUGCGCCAGUGUACACCAGUGUACUCCAAGUAUCAGCUUCAGACAGAGACUCUGGAUCUAACGGUCGGCUGAGCUACACCUUUCAGGGAGGGGAUGAUGGCGAGGGGGACUUUUUUAUUGAACCUUACUCUGGAAUCAUUCGAACUGCCCGCAAGCUCGACAGGGAAAAUGUUGCAUUGUAUACCCUUAAGGCAUUUGCAGUUGACAAAGGAGUGCCCCCACUAAAAGCAGCUGUGGACAUUCAAGUGUCAGUGCUGGACAUAAACGACAACGCCCCUGUUUUUGAAAAGGAUGAAUUGUACAUUUAUGUUGAAGAAAACAGUGCCGUAGGCUCCACUCUUGCCCGUGUCAGUGCCACAGAUCCAGAUGAAGGUACCAAUGCUCAGAUCCUAUACCAGAUUGUUGAGGGCAAUUUUCCUGAGGUCUUCCAGCUUGACAUCUUCAGCGGAGAUCUAAUUGCCCUUACUGACCUAGACUAUGAAACAAAGAUGGAGUAUGUAAUAGUGGUCCAGGCCACUUCUGCACCUCUUGUCAGCCGCGCCACUGUACAUGUCCUCCUAGUAGAUGUCAACGACAAUGACCCUGUUUUACAAGAUUUUGAGAUCAUUUUCAACAACUACAUCACUAAUAAAUCCAGCAGCUUUCCAAAUGGAGUUAUUGGGAAGGUUCCUGCUCGUGACCCAGAUGUGUCCGACAAACUCAUCUACACAUUUGUUGAGGGAAAUGAACUCGGCCUGCUGAUUCUCAACCAAGAUACUGGGGAGCUAAAGCUGAGUAAGGACCUGGAUAACAACAGGCCGCUUGAGGCAUUGAUGAGGGUAACAGUUUCAGAUGGACUCCACCAGGUCUCGGCCCUCUGCACCCUCCGCGUGACUAUCAUUACGGAUGAUAUGUUGACAAACAGCAUCACCGUUCGUCUGGAGAACAUGUCUCAGGAACGUUUCCUCUCCCCCCUGCUUUCCCUUUUUGCUGAAGGUGUAGCCGCAGUCUUGUCCACCAGUCCCGACGGCAUCUUCAUCUUCAAUGUCCAAAAUGACACGGAUGUUAGUGGAAGUAUUCUCAACGUCACUUUCUCUGCCCUUCUCCCUGGUGGAGCUCCGGGGCGUUAUUUCCCAUCAGAGGAACUUCAGGAGCAGCUUUACCUGAACCGCACCUUGCUGAUGCUAAUCUCGACUCAGCGCGUCCUUCCGUUCGAUGAUAAUAUCUGUCUGCGUGAGCCCUGUGAGAACUACAUGAAAUGUGUAGCUGUUCUGAAAUUUGACAGUACGGCACCAUUUGUGGCGUCUAAUACAGUACUGUUUAGACCUAUACAUCCAGUGAACGGGUUACGCUGUCGGUGUCCAGAUGGAUUCACUGGAGAUUACUGUGAGACGGAGGUGGAUCUUUGUUACUCAGGCCCGUGUCAAAACAAUGGGAAGUGCCGUAGUAAAGAAGGGGGAUACACCUGCGAGUGCCCGCAAGAUUUUACAGGAGAGCGCUGUGAGGUAAAUGCCCGCUCCGGCCGAUGUGUUCCUGGUGUGUGUAAGAAUGGAGGCAGGUGUUUGGAUCUGCUGGUGGGUGGUUUUAUGUGCCAGUGUCCCGACGGAGAGUACGAGAAGCCCUAUUGCCAGAUGAGCACACGCAGCUUCCCCGGCCAGUCCUUCAUCACCUUCAGAGGCCUGAGGCAGAGAUUCCACUUCACCCUCUCCUUCAUGUUUGCUACCAGGGAGCGAAAUGCGCUUUUGCUGUAUAAUGGCAGGUUUAACGAAAAGCAUGAUUUCAUUGCGAUUGAAAUUGUUAAAGAGCAAAUCCAGCUGACCUUCUCUGCUGGAGAAUCAAAAACCACAGUGACUCCAUUUGUAGCUGGUGGGGUUAGUGAUGGGCAAUGGCACACAAUACAUCUACAUUACUACAACAAGCCUAAUAUAGGGCGUCUGGGUGUCCCUCAUGGCCCGUCACAGGAGAAGGUUGCAGUGGUGGCACUGGAUGACUGUGACGUGGCAAUGGCUCUGCGUUUUGGAGGGCAGAUUGGAAACUACAGCUGUGCAGCCCGUGGCACUCAAACAGGCCAGAAGAAGUCCCUGGAUCUCACUGGUCCUCUUCUCGUUGGUGGUGUCCCAAACCUGCCUGAAGAUUUCCCAGUCCAGAACAGAGACUUUGUGGGCUGCAUUAAAAACCUGACCAUCGACAGCAAGCCCAUAGACAUGGCCAACUUCAUCUCCGACAACGGCACCGCAGCAGGUUGUGCAGCAAAACGUGACUUUUGUAGCCAGGCUGUUUGUCAGAACGGAGGCGUUUGUGUGAACAGAUGGAACACCCACACCUGUAACUGCCCAUUAGGCUAUGGAGGGAAGAACUGUGAGCACGUUAUGCCCGCUCCACUGCAUUUUGAUGGCCAUGCGCUGGUGUCAUGGAGUGAUACAGACAUCACCAUUGCCAUUCCCUGGUACAUGGGUCUUAUGUUUCGCACACGAAAAAGCACAGGAGUAAUUCUACAGGCUACUGCUGGAGAGUUCUCCAAGAUUAAUCUUAUGGUCACCAACAGACACCUUCGGUUCCAAGUGUUUUUAGGGAACAGACGUGUGGCGCUCUUAGAUUUUCCUCAGGUGUACGUGGAUAAUGGAGAAUGGCACCAUGUGCUUGUCGAGCUCAAGAGUGGAAAAGAUGGAAAGGACAUCAAAUAUAUGGCUCUUGUUUCAUUGGACUAUGGCAUGUUUCAGAGGACAGUGGAGAUCGGUAAUGAGCUGCCCGGACUUAAACUGAGGAACUUGUUUAUUGGUGGACUGCUUAAGAAAGAUGACACUGUGCAGGGUGGAUUUAAUGGCUGCAUGCAGGGUGUGCGAAUGGGCGAGACGUCCACCAACAUUGCCAACAUCAACAUACGGCAUGCAAAGCGAAUCCAUGCGAAAGACGGGUGUAAUGUACCUGAUGCAUGCCUGGCUAACCUGUGUCCAUCACACAGCCAUUGUACAGACAACUGGACAUCCCACACAUGUGUCUGUCAGCCAGGUUAUUUCGGCAGGGACUGUGUAGAUGCGUGUUUAUUGAACCCCUGUGAACACACUUCCUCUUGUGUUCGCAAACCAAGCACUAAACGUGGCUACAGCUGUGACUGUGGACACAAUUACUAUGGCCAGUACUGUGAGCACAAAGGAGAUCAGCCUUGUGCUCAUGGCUGGUGGGGAAACCCGACAUGUGGGCCUUGCAACUGCGACCUCAGCAAAGGCUUCAAACGGGACUGUAAUAAAACCACAGGAGAGUGUAGCUGCAAGGACAACUACUUUCGUCCACUCGGAGGAGACACCUGCUACCCGUGUGACUGUUUCCACUUGGGCUCUCAUUCACGGGUGUGUGACCCUGUGACGGGACAGUGCUCCUGUAAGACAGGUGUUGUGGGCCGCCAGUGUAACCGUUGCGACAACCCAUUUGCUGAGGUCACAGUCACUGGAUGUGUGGUGGUAUAUGAUGGCUGUCCUAAAGCCUUUGAAGAGGGGAUCUGGUGGCCCCGGACCAUGUUUGGUGGACCUGCAGCUACAAAUUGCCCCAAAGGAUCCAGUGGCACAGCUAUCCGUCACUGCAGUGAUGAUAAAGGCUGGUUUCCAUCAGAGCUCUUCAACUGCACGUCGCUCAGCUUCUCAAAGCUCAAGAAAGCGAGUGAGGAUCUGUAUGCAAACGCUUCUCGAAUGGAUGGAGAGAGAUCCAGAAGUCUUGCAAGUCUGCUUCAGUCGGCCACAGGACACACAUAUCGUCUUUUUGGGAAUGAUGUGAGGACGGCCUACCAUCUGCUGGCCAGUGUGCUGGAGCACGAGAGUCUGCAGCAGGGAUUCGAGCUCACCGCCACACAUGAUACUGAUUUCAACAGGAACAUCAUUAAAGCCGGAAGUGCCAUCCUCGACCCGCUUAACCAGGAGCAUUGGGAGAAGAUCCAGCGAUCUGACGGCGGUACGGCAAACCUGCUCCACCAGUUUGAGGAGUACGCGAACACUCUGGUCCAAAACGUGAGGAAGACCUACCUGAGACCCUUCACCAUCAUCACUGACAACAUCAUUGUUGCGUUAGAUUUUCUGGACUCCACUGCAAGCCAAGAAAAGAUUCCUCGAUUUCAGGAGGUUAAGGAGGUCUUCUCAAAAGAGAUGGAGUGUUCAGUCCUGUUCCCAAACCUGCUUAUGUCAAAGAAAAGCAAAGAUGCUUUAAGCACUGAUCCUCCAUCUCAGAUUAACUCAACUGUGUCUGUGAUGAGCAUGGAUGGAUCGGAUGUUGUUGAUCUGAUACCAUCCAUAAAGAAAAGAAGCCAUGCAGAACAGCCUGAUCCCCCUGCUGCAGUGAUGGUGAUGAUCUACAGGUCUCUGGGUCACCUUCUUCCAGAGAGUUACGAUCCGGACCGACGCAGUCUAAGACUGCCAAAUCGUCCUGUCAUCAACACACCUAUAGUUAGCGUGGUGGUCCACAAGGAUGGAGAACCGCUCUUAAGCCCUCUCCAAAGACCAAUACUGCUGAACUUCAGACUCCUGGAGACUCAGGAGAGGACCAAACCUGUGUGCGUCUACUGGAACCACUCCAUCAUGGUUGCUGGUGGAGGUGCCUGGUCUUCUAAAGGCUGUGAGUUGGUCUUCAGGAACUCCACUCACAUCAGCUGCCAGUGCAGUCAUAUGAGCAGCUUUGCCAUCCUCAUGGACAUCUCCAAACGAGAGCAUGGUGACGUUCUUCCUCUGAAAGUGGUGACCUACACAACAGUGUCAGCUUCACUGGUGGCCCUCCUCAUCACCUUCCUCCUGUUGGCCAUUCUUCGCAAGCUGCGCUCCAAUCUACACAGCAUCCACAAGAACCUGGUGGCCUCCAUCUUCCUCUCAGAGUUCAUCUUCCUCACUGGCAUCAAUCAGACAGACAGUCCGUUUGUUUGUACAGUUGUGGCCAUUCUUCUACAUUACUCAUACAUGUGCGCAUUCGCCUGGAUGUUUGUGGAGGGGCUGCACAUUUAUCGAAUGCUGACUGAGAUGCGUAACAUCAACCAAGGCCACAUGCGCUUCUACUAUGCUAUUGGCUGGGGGAUUCCCGCUAUUAUUACCGGUCUGGCUGUGGGUUUGGAUCCGCAGGGUUAUGGAAACCCUGACUUCUGCUGGCUGUCUGUUUAUGACACUCUCAUCUGGAGCAUCACGGGACCAAUAUCCAUAGUAGUGCUGAUAAAUAUAGUCCUAAUUGUGCUGGCAGCCAAAGCCUCGUGUGGACGGCGCCAGCGAACAGAGAAAUCUGGAGCAAUCUCUGCUCUUCGAGUGGCCUUUCUCCUCCUGCUGCUCAUCAGCGCCACCUGGCUGCUGGGUCUGAUGGCGGUCAACAGUGAUGUGCUGUCCUUCCACUACCUAUUCGCCAUCCUCAGCUGCUUACAGGGCAUUUGCAUCUUCUUUUUUCACUGUAUUCUCAACAAAGAUGUGAGGAGAAACCUGAAAAGUGUCUUUACAGGAAAGAAUAUACCAGCUGAGGAUCCCAGUGUAACUCGGGCUACUUUACUCACGCGUUCACUGAAUGGUGACGUCUACAUGGAGGAUGGAGGUCUGUACCGAACCACUAUUGGAGAAUCUAGUGUGUCUCUGCAGAGCUCAGUCAGAUCAGGAAAGAGUCACGGUAGCAGUUACCUCGCUUCCACAUUCAGGGAGAAGAAACGCAGCAUAUCGUCCAAUGGUGGACAUGUGGGACACGAUGAAGUAGACUCGACACUCUUUUUUCAUAAGAGUAAAAAGAAAGAAGAUUCAGAUUCGGACAGUGAGCUGUCAGCAGAUGAGCACAGCAGCUCUUACGCUUCCUCACACUCCUCAGACAGCGAAGAUGAGGAAAGACACUCCAAAACUAAGUGGAAUAAUGAGAGGACGCCGAUUCACAGCACUCCUAAAGUCGAUGGUGUGUCUGGUCAUGGAAAGCCGUACUGGCCAGAAGAGAUGCCCACAGCCAGUGAAAGUGAGGAUAUGGUGCGUCCAGAAAAACUGCGGGUGGAAACGAAAGUGAAUGUGGAGCUUCAUCAAGGCAAUAAACUGAAUCACAAUGGAGAUCUAUCUCAAAGUGAAGGUCCACCUAGUCAGCCAAACAGCAACCAGCUGCCCAGAAGAGGCAUUUUGAAGAACAAGAUCACAUAUCCUCCUCCACUGACGGACAAGAACAUGAAGAACCUCUUGAGGGAGAAGCUCAGUGACUACAACCCACCACAGAUCUCCCGUAAGACCCCGUCACCUGGGUCAAACGAGGGUCUCCACUCAGGACCCGAGACCCCCAGCAUCAUCAUCAAACCACCUCCAGUCCCACCCAAACCUGCCCUCAACGGCCUCACACUGGACCUGACCACCCGUCCCGUCACCCUAGCGGACGACGACUUCCAUUCAGAUGGAAGCAAUGAAACUUCAAUCUGACUCUUCUGAAGGAUGAAGAAACUGAAAGUGCUUUAGGGAACCGGUUGCCGGAUCCAGAAAAGCCCAUCAUUCUCCUGCUCUGAAGUUGUUUUUAGUAUUUAUAAAGAUUCAUUUAAUACAAAUAGAGGCUGGACGCAAGGUAUCCCAGCUUCCCAAGUUCUACCACAAGUCCACAUUGAACUGGUCGAGGACAGAUAGUGUUUCUGGCAUUGUGGAUUUGGCGUUAUUUUGAUACAGACUGAUUUGUACAGUUUAUUGCAAAAUUCAUUGGUCACGAACAAAUGACUUGUGACAUGUAAGUAAUGUUUAUAGAUGCAUUUUGUACUUUAGAUGUGUAUUAGGUUUAUUUGUAUAAUUCUAAAUUAGGAUUUCAUUGUGAUGCCAAUACUGAGUAUUUAUGUUUACGAUGGUAUUUUUUACAGCACUAUUUUAAAUGUGUUCAUAUUGUGUUUUUUAUAUUGUGCAUUCAAUUGUAGCUUAAUUUGAUGUAGCCUAAAGUGUUCGUUACCCAAAAAUUUAAAUCUGUCACAAUACACUCAAACCUAUCUUGUUCAAACUCGUUCAUCUGUUAAGUCAUAUUAUGAUAUAUUUUUUAGAAAUGUUGAUAUUUCUGCUCCUCUAUUGAAAGCCUGUUCACCCAAAACUCAUUUAAAUGUAAAUUAAUACCAACAUUUAUUCUGUCCAUUUUAUGAAAUGAUCAUGUAUCUACUGUACAUGUCUCUUGGGUUAAACAGCUUGAUAUAUAUUUGAUAUUUACAGUAGUUGAAUCACUUUAUGAAUGCUUUGAUGCUAAUAGACUUUCAAUGGAGGGUCUUAAUACCUGAUGAACAAGUCAUUUAGGUUUGGAAGAACAUGUUUGGAGUGAGUAAAAUGAUGACAGAAUUUUUAUUUUGUGUUGAACGAACUCUAUUUUCUUUACCCCACUCAUGUUUCAGAUGAAUUAUUGGUCCAUCAUACAUAAUUUCUGUCGUUGGGUUUAACAGACGUGUAUUUUUGCAGUUUUUUUUUUUUUUUUACCUCUGACAGUAUUUUCCAGUCUAUGCUCAGCAUGCCUCAAUGUCUCCGCCAGUGCUGUACAUAGACAAACAAUGUUUUGUUACAUUUGCUCCACCUACCCAAAGUACAUUUACUCUUUAAAUGAUCUUUACAGGACAGAAAAUGCAUGUUUUUGAAAGUGAAACAGUUAUUGCCUCUGCUUGAACUAGAAUAAUUAUAUUGUGAAAAUAUGUAAUCAUGUGCAUGUCUAUUAUGCAAGGUCAUUCGUAACUUUUUGAUUUCAUGGAAAAUUUGUUUAAAUUUGUACAAUCUCAUUAGAAAGUUUUCAAUACAUCCCUGGAGCUACCUUUUUUUGAAGUUUUUGUUUUCACGACUCCACCAGAGGCCACUGUGUACUCUUUUUUUUUUUCAAAUCUCAAAAUUUCUCUCAUGAGUGGCAUUCGCACCUGCUCUUCUUACAUAAAUCCACUAGAGGCUGCUGUUGACUAACUCACUGGCUGUAAUGAUCAACCGAACGAUAUCCCCACCAUCCCCUUUCUCUAAACCUAACCAAUAGACAAAUUUCACGCGGCCGCCAUUUUCAAAAGCGAAAUCGGUGGGAAGAAGCCUGUAAGUAUAAUUGGGAGUUACAUAGGAAUGUUGUGUAACUGGCUAUAUAUCUUAUCAGCGAAGAUAAAGUGACACAAAUUUAUCAUUUCUCCGCCUUCCGGGUGACCCGAAGGUCGAUUCUGAAUGAAUGGGGAAUGUAGCCAAGUUAAGGGAAAUGGCACUAGUUAGUUAAUGUUUUCUUUCCCAAACACACGUUUUAGAUGCCAUUUAUCAUAUUCGAGUUAAUAAACUGAUUCUUUCACUAUAUUAGACUUGUCACGAUACUGAAUUAAAAGAAAAACUGGCAAUUUCACGCUAACAUUUAAGGCAAUGUCGAUAGCUUUCUUAAAACAGCGCUGAUUUGCUAUUGUGUUCACGUGUUCUAGACGCGAUAUGAGAAUAUAAAGACUUAACCAGAUACAGUACAAGCCACGUGGAGCGAUUACAAGUAACAGAACACAAUUAAAUACAUAAUUUGCAAGCUAGAGAAAACAAGGAGGCAACCAUUUUAAUCGCACUUACAUACUUACAUUUGUGAAAUGGAGGAUGAAACUGAUCCAUGAACUGUAAACUUCCUGCCAAGCUCUGACAAAGCCCCAUCAGUAGUCUUUUGUGAUCCUUCCUUUUACAAACAGCCGACAAAUGCCCUGUUGUGUGUAGUUUGCUGAAGCACUUGUCAGAAAAAUGACAGGAACACAGCACAAGGCUUGGGUUAUAAUGCUGAGGUAUUUUUGCAAAAAUAAACUUCAACCGUCCACUGACUCUUCACAGCCUCAUCUUUGGGUAGAAAAAAUAACACUAACUUUCCCUCAGACUUUAGAGCACAGCGUCUUCCCGAAAUGAUUUAACCAGGAACUGCUACAGUGUUUGUCUUCCUUUUUUCUUUCUACAGUGUUUGUGGGCGAGGGCGCAGGUUUCAAUUUUCUCGUGUCUAAGUGAGCAACUUGUGGGCGGGGCUUGAGUUCCGUAUAAACGUCACGCCAACACUGCUAAGGAUUCGUCAGCACUGCGAUUUUUCUCUUUCGCUCAGAAGCCGCAUUUUCAGUCGAUAAUUUUUAGCAGCAAAGCAUUCGGUGCAUCCCUCAUCUAUAGAUAUGAAAGGAGUAGGCAUACCUGAAGAAAGCCUAAUGAAUUAUUAGAAAAUAGUGCACAAUGUGGUAAUCUGGCUAUGACAUAAAGCAGAGUGGCCGUUACACCGCAGCUGUGCAUUAUUCCCAACUAAUUCAAAGUCAAUUAAUCCACUUAUACCACGGUUACCACACCUCAAGCCACUGUUCGGACAUUUUAUUUAAAGACAUAUGUACGGUUUUUGUCCUCAGACUGCCCCUGUGUGACGUACUUUCCUACGCAUCUCAUCCAAAAUAAGUAAAAUAAUUAAAAUUAUUCAGCGGUGUGAUGUUGAACUUUAAAGUGGUCAAAAUCUGCCAAGAACGACAUUAACUGUGUUUAUCUGAAAAUAAUUGUACACUUUAGAAUUAGCAUCAAGCAUUCAACAGUCCCAUAGAAUAAACACGAGUACUUGACAACCGAAAUAACAAUGGAGGACUACAAGACUAUAGUAAUAUCGCCAUCUACUGGCCUGCCAUACAUGUUUUUUGUUUUUGCAUGUUUUUUGUUUUUGCAGAUCUGUAUAAACAGGGAUGAUUUUGACAGUGUUGUCUGUACUUAAAAAAGAAAGAAAAACUUCUUUAUGUUUUUAGUACUUCCGUCAUCAUGUAAUUGUACCCUCAAUAACAAGGAGAGAAUCAAGUUUCCUAAAGUGCCUGCUGACUGUUUUAUAGCUCUGCCAAACUGCUUGUGUAAAUAUAUGCAGACUGAGGAAUUCAGGGACCCGUUCUUUAGGUUUGACUUGUGUUAAAGGUCAAUCUAUGUGAAAGUGACGUCAGAUCAGUAACUGUAUUCUCUUAUAGCUAGAAUGCAUUGAUCAAUAAGUGAACAAAUGUUUUCAUAUGUCACAGAUGAAAUGUUUCAUGAAAUACCUCCAUUACCUGUCAAAGCUAUCUUAGAUACCAGCAUGUAAAAUAAGGUAUUUAUAUUCUUAUUAUUCGCACUGAUAGUACAUUUGAACAUUGUAAAUAAAGGAAUUUGAAAGAUUUAAUUAAAAAA